AUGUCGCGAAUGUCCCCCGCGCUCAAAGCGCUAAUCAACUCGCCCGCCGCGCGACCCAACACCCUGCCCGCGCCGCGCAACAUCCAGUCCGUGUACGCGAAGAUCCAACAAGAAGCCCAAGCCAAGGGCAUUUCGCAGCCCUCAUGGCUGGCCCUAUCGACAGCAACAACAAUGACCAUGAACUCGCCGGACUCGCUGACCGUGCUCUACGAACUCGCCACCACCACCUCCUCCACACCGGAACCCCCCACCCCCCUCGCAACCGCCGAACUCAUGCGCGAAGUCGGCCUCAAAUGCAUCAGCUUCAACGGCAUCCCACGCACAAUCAACUGCCUCAACGCCUUCCGCGCCAGUUUACCAGCCUCCAUAACCGACAACCUCUCCACAACGCCCACCCGCGAACCCACUCCGGCCACCAUUGAGGGCAUCCGCGCCCGCGGCCGCGCCCUCUGGGACAGCAUCUACCGGCCCUUCGAGACGAAACUCUACGAGAAGCUAGCGCGCGCGCACCCGGACCUGCCCGUGCACAUCCUGAACAUGAACUACGGGGCGUUGCUGGCGGAUCCCCCCCAGGAAAAGGCCGGGAAGGUGGGGCGGGUGCUCACCUCGCUGGUGGCCGUGGCGUGCCUGCGGGCGCAGACGGGCGUCGCGCCCCAGGUUACCUCGCAUGUGUUUGGGUUGCGGAAGGCGGUGGAGGAUGGGAGUUGGGCGGGGGAUGUUGAGACGAAGGCGGGCGCGGAGUGGUUGGCGAGUGAGGCGGGGAAUCUGUGGGUUCUGGAGUGUGUGGAUGCUAUUGUGGGUGCGAUUGGGGGUGGGGAGGGGAGUUUUGUCCCUGCGGGUGCCGCGGGGAGAAGUGGGAAGUUGUGA